CAUUUUGUUAUUACCUGACAAAAUAAUCCAAGGACAUGAAAUGCGGACCCACGUCUAACGAAACACCAAAAAUUCAGCAAAUAAAUUAUCUUUUGACACAUUGUCUUAUGAUGUUAUCACUGCUUCGCGGCUGCAUCCUGAGCAACGGUGUUAUAAUUUAAGUAUCGGAUUAUACAUACGCCAAUUUGCGAUUUUCCCCUGUAAAUUUGGUGCGGAAACCAAAGAGAGGUUUUAUUAAAAUUGUGGUAACGAAGUUCUCCCGUGAUUCCACGAAGUUGCAAAAUUUUGACAUACCGUUUUGCAAAAUGGACGUCGCGGACAGCAAACCGCAACGACGGUUCCAUAUCAACCGGAAACUUGUGCCGAUCAAAUUACUGAUUACGUUAUUUUGGGGAGGGAAUUGCAUGCUGAAUCCUUUCUUCAAUCUGUACUUGAGAAGUCUCGGCAUUACUGACACACAAAUCGGUUAUAUCAUUUCCGUGAGUCUUUGGGUCAGCAUCACAUCUGGACCACUAAUCACCGGUUUAGCCGAUAAAACUGGACGAUACAAACUCGUCUUCGCCCUCAGCAUAGCCUUAUGUGUUCUUCUCACUGGGAUCUUCGUUGCUGCAGUCCCUCUGCAACCUCCGAUUGAUACAACUGACAACAGUUCAGUCAACAUCAGCAACACCUCCAACAAUCUGUUCUCGAAUGUUAGUCGCGUGUCCAGCGCCGAUACUGCUGACACCCAGCCGAUGACCUUUUAUAUCGUUUUCGUUCUGUAUCUGGUAUCCGGCUGGAUAGGGGCCGGUUGCUUCUUGAUGUUGGACACCAUCAUAACCACCACGACCGAACAACAUCAUGGUGAUUUCGGGAUUAAUCGUGCAUUCAUCCAAGGCAGUAUUGCGGUAUUUCCGGUGGUGUCGGGAUUAAUCAUCGAUUCCUUGCAGCACUGCUGGAAUUAUGGGUAUCAACAUUAUUACCCGGGUUUCAUAUUUUAUAGCGUACUGUUGUUGCUGGCAAUUGGGGCGUUAUUGAUGGCCGAUAUUGCGGUAAAGCCACCGGCAAAACAGUUAUGGCGAAAUGUCUGGACGAUUGUGGUUGUUGAGAAGAACUACGAAAUCUGGGCGUUUCUUGGUAUGAUCUUCUGCACAGGUGUUUGUAUUGGAUACUUGGAAGGAUAUUUGUAUCUAUACCUGGACAAACUCUUUACGGCCCUGCCCAAAAGUGUUCUCGGCGCCGAUGCAGCCGUGUCCGGCACUGUCGGCAUGCUAGUCGUAAGUCAGUCAGCUUUCUUUGUCAACCGGCUUGGACAUAUGCACACGUUGGCACUCGCCGUCUUUGUCUACGCCAUACGCUUUACUGCCUAUUCGUUCAUUACCGAUAUCUGGAUGAUCUAUCCGUUAAGCGCGCUGUCAUCACUGUCCUCUGCCCUAAUGUGGAGUGUAGCGUGUGAUUAUGCGGGGAAACUGGUUCCUGACUACCUGGCGACCUUCCAGUCUCUCAUGAGCAUUAUUCAAACCGGAUUCGGAAUUGGUGGAGGCUACAUAAUUGGUGGAUUCGUCAUCGCACAGUUCGACAGUACCAGAGUGGCAUACCGCUUCGCAGCGGGUGUCUGCUUUGCAGUUGUGGUCAUUUAUGUAGUUACAGCGUUCUUCCAAAGAAAAAACCACCGACAGAACUCUGUUGAGAAUAAGCUGUUGUGUAGUGAUUUUCCUGAAAAGAAUGGGCUCAAACGACAAUCCUGUACGAUUCAAACUGACCUUGAUGUGGUUGUUCCGCUUAUUAGAGAGAAUAACAAUGGUGCUCAGUAAA